ACAUUCAGAACUCCGACGGCCGCCGACCGCGGAGGACUCGUUAAGGAAACAAGUUUAUAUCGUGUUUAGUGUAAGCUUUCUGUGGUAUUUCCAUUAAAAAUGAAGCUUUUAAUAUUCGCAUCUGCGUUGUUUGUCACUGCGAGCUAUGUCGACGGACAAUCGUGCACAACUACGAACGGUGACAGCGGGAAUUGUGUGACGAUCCACAAAUGCCCGUCGCUGCUGCAGAUCCUCAACAAACCGAACAGGUCGCCAGCUGACGUGGACUUGCUUAGGAAGUCCGCGUGUGGAUUUGAGGGAAACACUCCUAAGGUUUGCUGCCCCUGCUAUACACCGUACGGCGAACUCGGGAAAUGCAUCAGCAUAUACUCGUGUCCACACCUCGCUAAACUACUGGUUCCGCCAGUGACCACUGAGAGUAUGUCGUUGGUAGAAGCCUCGAGAUGCCAAGGUCCCGACGACUACAGCGUGUGCUGCGGGCCUCCUCCCGACAGCAUCUCAGAGGGCUCUUGUAAGUCGAGGUUGAGUGCCCUCCCUCCCGAUCCCAGGAGUGGAUGCUGCGGCGUUGGCGCAGGAACACAUGACAAGAUCAUAGGGGGCACGGAGACCAGAGUGGAUGAGUACCCGUGGAUGACGGUCAUCGAAUACUUGAAGACGGACAACAAGAUCGCGCUGCUCUGUAUCGGAUCUCUCAUCAGCAGCAGAUACGUCCUCACAGCCGCCCACUGUCUCACCGGGAGUGUUCUCAAAAUUGGCACACCGAAGAACAUUCGACUCGGAGAUUACGAUUUGAGCCACGAUGGGCCUGACUGUGUAACCGUGGAUGGCUUUGCCUUGGACUGCACCGACGAUAUCGUCGUCCUCCCCAUCGAGAAGACUAUUUCACACGCCGAAUACAACACUAUUACAAAGCAUAACGACAUCGGCCUCGUUAGGACGAAGCAGGCUGCUCCUUAUACAGACUUCAUCCAACCCAUCUGCCUGCCAGUCGUCGACGUCACGGAGAAGCCGCCGCCCAACUUCAAGCUGUGGGUGGCCGGCUGGGGCGACUUCAAUAACACCCACACCAAGAGCAUGGUUAAACUUCACGUCCGUUUACCCUUUGUUAGUCAGGAGGAAUGCCAACCAGCGUACAGCGUAGCGAGACGUAAAAUAGAUUUAUGGAGCGGCCAGAUAUGCGCGGGAGGUGAAGCCAGAAAGGACUCCUGCAAGGGGUCAUCUGGGGGGCCCCUCAUGUUCAAAAAUGAAAGGAUAUACGAAAUGAUUGGACUAGUCAGCUUCGGACCAGCCCCGUGUGGCAUGGAUGACGUCCCUGGCGUGUACAGCAAAGUUUACGCGUAUCUCGACUGGAUAAAGGGAAACACUGAACUUAUAAAAAUGAAGCUUUUAAUACUUGCGUGUGCGUUCUUUGCCGCAACUUGCUGUGUUAGUGGACAAUCGUGCACGACUGCGAAAGGUGACAUUGGAAACUGCGUGACGUUUAAAAAAUGCCCGUCGCUGCUUCAGAUCAUAAACAAAUCGAACAGGUCGCCAGCUGAAGUGGACUUGCUCAAGAAGUCCGCGUGUGGAUUCGAGGGGAGAACUCCUAAGGUAUGCUGCCCGUGCCACACACCGUACGGCGAACCCGGGAGAUGCGUCGGCAUAUACUCGUGUCCGCACCUCGCUGAAAUGAUGACGCCGCCAGUGACCAGUUACAACAAGCUGUUUAUUCAAGCCUCGAAAUGCCAAGGCCCCGAUGCCUACAGCGUGUGCUGCGGCUCUCCGCCCGAGAGCAUCCAGAAGGACGGUUGCGAUUCAAGGCUAAGCGCCUUCCCUCCCGACCCGAGGACUGAGUGCUGCGGCCUCGACGGCGGAGCAGAUAAUAAGAUCACAGGGGGUUCUGCAACAAAUGUAGAUCAGUACCCGUGGCUGACGCUCAUCGAAUACGCGAGGUCGGACAACAGCAUCGCGCUGCUUUGUGGCGGAGCGCUCAUCAGCAGCAGAUACGUCCUCACUGCUGCUCAUUGUAUCACCGGGAGUAUCCUCAAAAAUGGCACGCCAAAGAACGUUCGUCUCGGAGAAUACGACUCGAGCCACACCGGGCCCGACUGUAUACUCGUGGAGGGAGGUGGCGAGGACUGUACCGAGGGUAUCGUCGUCCUUCCCAUCGAGAAGUCCAUACCACACCCCGAAUACAACCCUAUCACAAAGCGUAACGACAUCGGCCUUAUUCGGACACAACGGGCUGCUCCUUACACAGACUUCAUCAGACCCAUCUGCCUGCCAGUGGUCGACAUCACGGUGACGCCGCCGCCCAACUUCAAGCUGUGGGCGGCCGGUUGGGGCGCCAUCAACAGUACCGUCAAGAAGAGCUCAAUCAAGCUUCACGUCGAUUUACCAUUUGUGAGCCAGAGGGAAUGCCAACCAUCCUACGUCAAACCAGGACUCAAAGCAGAUUUAUGGAAUGGCCAAUUGUGCGCGGGAGGUGAAGCCGGAAAGGACUCCUGCAGGGGUGACUCCGGGGGCCCCCUUAUGUUCGAAAAUGAAAAGCUAUACGAUAUGCUUGGAGUAGUCAGCUUCGGACCGUCUCCAUGUGGCAAGGAAGACGCCCCUGGCGUAUACACCAAAGUUUACGCGUACGUCGACUGGAUAAGGGAAAACAUUUACCCUUGAAAUACUUUAUCAAAUGCUUCUGAGAAAGACAAAUAUCUUGGCCUUUGGAAAUUUGCUUAAAAUGAGAUUUUGUGAUAUUUGUGAUCAA